AUGCUCUCCGCCCUCUCCCUCAACCCACAUCACGCCUCUCACUCCUCUCUUCAUCAUCACUCUCCUCCUGUCACACUGGCUCGUCUCGCCCUGCUCUCGCCUCUCGCCCCUCACACCGCAGCUUCCCUCGUCUCACGCCGCUCGCCGUCCAGCAACCUCCCUCAUCCUCUCUGCGACUUCGGACCUAAUCCCGCUCGAGGCACCGUAAGGAUCCGCCGCUCGCUCGCCCACUCCCCCCGAGCUAUCCUCAACCUCCGCGUCGGACGGGGAUCAUCCUCUCCGCCGCCAACCCCAGCCGCCGACUCCUAA